UGCACUGAUGCUAUGCGUGCUGUGUGGCCCCAGCUGUCUCCAUCCUCUCUCCAGCAGCAGCAGCAGCAGCAGCAGCGUCCCGUCACGCGCCCACAGACUGCCGCGCGCGGCGGGGACCCGGUGACGCAGCGGCGCCCGGCGCAUGGACGCUCCGGAACAAUGGCAGGGGAUUUGGGGGCGCCUCUGUCGUACUCCGACAACAGGUCUCAUGGAUAAUCCCCUCCACAGCCCGCCCGCAUCAUCUCGCGUCUGGGAUGAUUAGAGCGCCGCUGUCGGCCUGAUGUGGCAGCAGAGCCGAGCGGGAGCGCGGCUCCAAGUCCCGGCGGUCGACUGAGCGCGCGACGGCGGCGUGGAGCAGGUGCAGUGUGGCUGGGGGGCUCAGCAGGAUGGAAAUAGAUGCCCAUUUUCGCUACUAUUUCCAGCACCCGUGGUCCCGGCUCAUCGUGGCCUACCUUGUCACCUUCUUUAACUUCCUCAUCUUCGCCGAGGACCCCGUCUCUCACAGUCAGACGGAGGCCCACAUGAUCGUGGUGGGAAACUGCUUCUCGUUCCUCUUCAACAAGUACCCCGGCCUCGGGUGGAACAUCCUGAAAGUAAUAUGCUGGAUACUGGCCAUUAUCACCGGCCUGUUAGCCGGGAAGUUUAUAUUCCACCGCCAGCUCUUUGGUCGAUACCUGCGCCUGAAAAUGUUCCGCGAGGAUCAUGGCUCCUGGAUGACCAUGUUCUUCAGCACCAUCCUCUUCCUCUUCAUCUUCUCACACAUCUACAACCUCUUCCUGCUGAUGGCUGGGAGCAUGGAGCCUCACAUGGUGACAGAGUACAUGGGCAUCAGAAAUGAGAGUUUCAUGAAGAUUGCUGCAGUGGGAACCUGGAUGGGAGACUUUGUCACAGCCUGGAUGGUCACAGACAUGAUGCUCCAGGAUCAGAACUACCCGGACUGGGGCAAGGCCGCCAGGACCUUCUGGAAACGGGGAAACAACAGGAUCGUCCUCUUCUGGACGGUGCUCAUCUCCCUGACCUCGGUGGUGGUUCUGGUCAUCAGCACCGACUGGAUCAGCUGGGACAACCUGAACCGCGGCUUCCUGCCCAGCGACGAGGUCUCCCGGGCCUUCCUCGCCUCCUUCAUCCUGGUCUUCGACCUUCUCAUUGUCAUGCAGGACUGGGAGUUCCCUCACUUCAUGGGUGACCUGGAUAUGAAUCUACCAGGAAUGUCAACGACGCACGUAAAGGUCAAGCUUCCUGUCUGCAAGCGCGUCUUUAAGGAGGAAUACCACAUUCACAUCACAGGGAAGUGGUUCAACUACGGCAUCAUCUUCCUCGUGUUGAUCUUGGAUCUGAACAUGUGGAAGAACCAGAUCUUCUACAAGCCGUACGAGUACGGUCAGUACGUCGGCCCCGGCGAGAAGAUCUACACGGUGGAGGAGCCCGACACACUCAGGAAUUUCAACCACAGCACGCUCACGUACGAGUGGCGCUCCACCAACGUCGACCCCGGCACCAACCGGACCUACGUGGAGCAGGACAUGUUCCUCCACAGCCGCUACGUCGGCGCCAGCCUGGACGUCAAGUGUCUGGCCUUCAUUCCCAGCCUGGCGGCGUUCGUCCUCUUCGGCUUCUUCAUCUGGCUGUUCGGCCGCUUCCAGGACAGCGAGACCAUCACGGAGAACCAGAGCAAGACGUACGAGAGGAUAAAGAGGAAGUCGCCGUCGGAGUACAGCAAGGAGAUGGGCGUGACGCCCGAGGAGGCGCACGUGACCAUGAGCGAGAGCCUGAAGCGGUCGGGGACGCCCAUGCUGCUGUCGGUGGACGGGCCGCACUUCGGGGCCACGCCGUCCGCCAACUCCACCAUCUCCACGGAAACCCAGGAGACGCAUCCCAGCAUCGUGAUCGACAGCGCGUCGCAGGACGAACCAGCGGUCUCUUUUGACGUCCACAAACUCUCUCCGUGACUCGGUUCGCUCCUGAGAACGUUCACGUGGACGGGCUGGACCUCAGAUGAAACGAAGGACAGAGUUGUUCAGUCAUUUACUAUAUUUUUCUACAACCUUUUUCAAAGCCUGUAAAAAAAAAAAAAGGCACUAAUUCUGAUGCACCGAUUCUGCUAACUUUUCCAACCGAAUGCAAACUCUUACCGACGUGGUGCUCGCUUGUAAUUUUUUCAUUUAAGGUACGUUUUUGUCAGCGUUUGCUCAUUGGUGCCUAUACCAGAGGAGAGUUUCUACCGCCGCGGCGCUGCUGUCAGGUGGAUCUUAUUGUAUCGGCAGUGCUCCGGCUCCUUCAGUGCCUUGAUUUUUCACACGUUCUGAUACAUAUACUCCCAACAGAACAAAAGAUGUCUGACUCACAGUCUGCCCUCACAGUGUUUUCAUACCACACGGACCCUCGUUACCUCGUAGACCCUCCGACUUUAAUUUACUCUCACUCACUUUUAAAUGUAUAUCUCUGAAUCAAACGACAUGAUUACUUCCGGUAAUGACCUGUCCGUCUCCCCUCACUUGUUAUUAAUUGCAGCGGUAAUAAAUGCAAUCAGCAAAGAUGAAAAGCAAAGCAACAGGCCACCUCAUGAUUGCUUAUGUUGCUGCUGCCGCCGCCGCUACGCCGUCGCUGCAUACUAACCACGGGAGCAGCGGCGGCGGCGGCUUCGCCCUUGGCAUAAACACGCCAUUGAAGUGUGAGGGGGGCUUCUUCUCCAAAGCUCAGGGCUUCUUCAUGUCGAGAUAAACCUUAAAAGUUCUUAGAAGCAGUUUUCCAGGUAAAUGCAUGAAAAAUAUUUAUUCUAUUCUAUU